AUGCAGCAAGUAAAGGCCGAGUCUGUCGAGGCUAUCGAGAAAAUUGAAAUUGCCGCACCAUUACCGGAUGACCUGCCUCUGCCGGAUUCUCUGAGCAACUUAGAACCGGAUGAGCUUCGACGACUUGAGAGAAGCCUUGUUCGGCGCCUCGACUACACGUUAUUGCCGGUCGUGCUGCUACUGUUCCUGCUCAAUAUUAUCGACAGGAAUAACAUUGCAAGCGCAAAGAUCGUGGGCUUAACUGAGACGCUCAAUCUAACCAACAAUCAAUACAACACUUGUCUGCUAUUAUUCUACGUUGGCUAUGUCAUUACGCAGGUCCCAUCGAAUCUCAUCAUCGGCAAGGUCCGACCAUCAUACUAUAUCUGCGGUAUCACGUCGGCAUGGGGAGUCGUGUCUAUGUGCCAAGGAUUUACAAAAGACUUCGCGACACUCGCUGUCACUAGGACGAUCCUCGGUCUCGUAGAAGCCCCCUUCUUGCCGGGUGUCUUCGUCUUGAUGUCUUGCUGGUACAAGCGCACGGAGCUGCCAGUACGAGUCGCCAUUCUUUACGGCGGAAACAUGCUAGCCACCGCUUUCUCUGGUCUCAUUGCUGCAGGCAUCACAUCCCGAAUGGAAGGCAAAGCCGGCCGCCCAGCCUGGGAAUGGCUCUUCAUCAUCGAAGGCUCCAUGACCGUCGUCAUCGCACUCCUCGUCAUCCCCAUCCUACCCGACUACCCGCUCCAAUCCACCCACCGCUGGCUGUCCCCCGCCCACCAAGCGCUAGCCGAAUACCGCAUCCGCCAAGAAAACGCCGGCAUCCCAGACGAAGACUCGGAAAGUGUGCUGUGGGGCCUGAAGCAAGCGCUGCUCGACCCGAAGCUGUACGCCUUCACUCUCCAACAAAUGGCCCUCAUCACGGCACAGUCGUUCAACAACUUCUUCCCGUCCAUCGUCGGCACCCUCGGCUACUCCAGCACCAUCACCCUCCUGCUCACCGCCCCGCCCUACUUCUUCGCUUUCAUCGCCUCCAUGGUCGUCUCGCUGCACGCGUCGAAGCGCGGCGAGCGCGGCUUCCACAUCGCGGCCUGCAUGUCCGUCUCCCUCCUCGGCAACCUGCUCGCCAUGCUCGCACCGGGGACCGGCGCCCGGUACUUCUCGAUGUUCUUGAUGACGUCGGGGUCGUACGCGCCGUACAAUCUGUGCGUGUCGUGGCUGUCGGCGUCGCUGCCGCGGCCCCGGGCGAAGCGCGCGGCGGCGCUGGCGAUUGUGAACUUCAUGGGUGCCGGCGUCGCGCAUUUUUACACCAGCUACAUGUUCCCGGAUAGCCAGAAGCCGCGGUACUAUGCGGGCGGGGCGGUCAUGAGCGGUGCGUGCGUCGUUACGGCGGUCGCGGCGGUCGGGAUUAAGCGGCAUUUGAAGAAGGAGAAUGCGAAGUUCGAGAGGGAGGAGAUGGAGGGUGAGGUGAGGCACAAGGGUAUCGCGGGAGCGAGGGAGGGCAGGGGUGCGGAGGCUGUGGUUAGGUUCCGGUAUGUCCAUUAG